AUGUCAUUCUUCGCGCUAGCUUUUAGCGAGUACGCGAUGUAUUUCAACACCAUCCGAGACGUCUAUGAGGCAUGGGUGAUCUACAACUUCCUGUCGCUGUGUCUGGCGUGGGUGGGGGGUCCCGGAGUGGUCGUGACGUCGCUCGCUGGUCGCGUGCUCAAGCCGUCCAUCGUUCUCGGCACCUGCUGCCUGCCUCCCAUGCCGCUCGACGGCCGAUUCAUCCGGCGCUGCAAGCAGGGCUGCCUGCAGUUCGUGUUCCUCAAACCCAUCCUGGCGGCGCUCUCGCUCAUCCUCUACUCGUACGGGCUGUACAACGACGGCAACUUCAGCGCGUUUGACUCGUACCUGUACAUCACGUGCGUGUACAUGAUCUCCUACUCCAUCGCCAUCUACGCGCUCAUCCUCUUCUACGUCGCCUGCAAGGACCUCCUCACCUCCUUCAACCCCAUCCCCAAGUUCCUCAUGAUCAAAGCAGUCGUCUUCCUCACCUACUGGCAGUUCCUCAUGAUCAAGGCCGUCGUCUUCCUCACCUACUGGCAGUUCGUCAUGCUCAUGGCCGUCAUCUUCCUCACGUACUGGCAUGUACACCCCUUCCCACCCCACUCUUCCACCCCGAAACCUUCUCCCAACCUUCCCCACCCACCCCUCUCUCUCCCUCUCGUUCCCAAGGAGUUAUCAUCUUCCUCAUCGCCAGGGUUGGGCCUGGCGAAUAUGACUGAGGAGCAGAGGGGUGCGCUGAUUUCCGCGUUUAAGCAUUCUGUCAAUAUGGGGGAUGUGGUGAGCGACACGGUUCACCAGUUCGCUCCAACGUACCAUGACUAUGUGCUGUACAGCGAUGGGUCGCAGGACAAGCCGCAGCACUACCGCACCCGCACCUUCGUUCCAGCAGGCAAGGAGAUGGAGAAUGCGCCUAUUCUUCAAUCUCCUACUGGAGAACCCUCGAGCUCUUACGACCCUCCGGUUAAGAAAACCAAUUCGUCACUUUCUCGAAGCAGCAGCAAGGGAGGAGAGGGGAGCGGUGUCAGGGGGGUUGGGUCGGAGGGUGAGCCGCUGUCUCGGCGGGCGUCGAGCAUCAACGAGGAGGAGAACUCUCGGUUGAGACGCAGCUCAGGGGCGGCGAGCAAGGAGAACGAGUUUGGGUUUCUGAUGAACGAGGAUGAUAUGAUUGAGGAGGGAGAUCCACGACUUGACCUUGAGGGGUUUGUAACUGGACGACGAGCUUCGAAAAUAUAUUACGCACUGUGCUGCUUGGUGCGGGGCGCGGGGAUCGCGGAGGAGGAUGGCGAGAUAGCGGACGAUGGCGAGAUUGCAGACGAUGGCGACUCGGAGGUUGGCUCCGCACGUUCGGCGCGUCGCGUGGAAAACGGCGCCGAUACAGCGACCAUGGUGUCCGAGGUUGGCGCCGAGGCGGCGGAUGACGGCGCGAUGGUGGGCGAUGACGACACGGUAGGCGCUGGUUUGAAGGUGGCCGGUCGUGCGGUGGGCGCUGGCUUGACGGUGGCCGGUCGUGCGACGGUGGGCGCUCGUGCGACGGGGGGCGCGCGUGCGACGGAAGGGGCUCGUGCGACAGUGGGAGAUGGCGCGACUGCGGUGGGCGGCGCUUGA